CCGAACACGAAGAUACAUAAAUGGACUGGAUGAAUAAAAACAACCAGCUUUACAUUUCUCUGGAUGCUUUUAAAAGGGUAAAGGUAAACAAUAAAUAUGGAAAACAACGAUCUAAGUAUCCACAAGAAGUGAAAAAAAGACAGCCACUUCAAGAUAAAACGAAUCAAACAGCACCAAUACAUCAAAACAAAGGUUAUCCAAACAUUCUACCGGAUGAAUUUUCAUAUAUCAAAACUCCAAAACGUAAAGGAUCAGCAAGGUCAUUCCAGGACAAGAGUUUUGUAGAUUUAGCACCGCUGGAUCCAGAUUUGUUAAGAAGCUUUCGACCUCUAGCAACGUCGACGCCCAAGAAAAAGGUUAAAACGAAGCCAGAGCAAGCAAGGAAUUUAAAAGAUCAGGAAGAAAGUGAAUUUGACGAGUUAGCAGAGUGGUUUCAAUCAGCUUCUAAUUUUGAACUCGACCUUUCUGAACCUUCUAGCCAGAAACAAUCAAACUUAAAUUGUCAAGAAGUCAUCUUAAACAAAUUUGCUCCUUUUGAAACAGAAACAGAUGAAAUUAUUUUGUUUUAAACUUUACAUCUAUGCACAUUGCAGCUUAUGGGCAAGAAAACUUAAUGUAUUCUGCAGGAGGAAAACAUUGUGUUGGUGUGUUUUCCUAAAGAAAAUAUCGAGUUGCUUUGAUGCAAGCAACUCCAAAUGAAAAUUACAAGGACAAG